AUGCAGGAGAGUUGCUUCUCAACGCCCACAAGUGAUAUCAGGAGACAUCCCCCAAUCCUCUUGGUACCCGAGUUAAAGACAAUGCCAGACAUCCUUCGAGGUGUUGAGUCCCCUCCAGCUGUUGCAUCUUGGCAGGGAGCACUGCAGGAGCAGGGAGCACUGCAGGAGCAGGGAGCGCCGCUGGUGCAGGGAGCGCCGCUGGUGCAGGGAGCGCCGCUGGUGCAGGGAGCGCCGCUGGUGCAGGGAGCGCCGCUGGUGCAGGGAGCGCCGCUGGUGCAGGGAGCGCCGCUGGUGCAGGGAGCGCCGCUGGUGCAGGGAGCGCCGCUGGUGCAGGGAGCGCCGCUGGUGCAGGGAGCGCCGCUGGUGCAGGGAGCGCCGCUGGAGCAGGGAGCGCCGCUGGUGCAGGGAGCGCCGCUGGUGCAGGGAGCGCCGCUGGUGCAGGGAGCGCCGCUGGUGCAGGGAGCGCCGCUGGGAGCGCCGCUGGUGCAGGGAGCACUGCAGGAGCAGGGAGCGCCGCUGGUGCAGGGAGCACUGCAGGAGCAGGGAGCGCCGCUGGUGCAGGGAGCGCCGCUGGUGAAGGGAGCGCCGCUGGUGAAGGGAGCGCCGCUGGUGAAGGGAGCGCCGCUGGUGAAGGGAGCGCCGCUGGUGAAGGGAGCGCCGCUGGUGAAGGGAGCGCCGCUGGUGAAGGGAGCGCCGCUGGUGAAGGGAGCGCCGCUGGUGAAGGGAGCGCCGCUGGUGAAGGGAGCGCCGCUGGUGAAGGGAGCGCCGCUGGUGAAGGGAGCGCCGCUGGUGAAGGGAGCGCCGCUGGUGAAGGGAGCGCCGCUGGUGAAGGGAGCGCCGCUGGUGAAGGGAGCGCCGCUGGUGAAGGGAGCGCCGCUGGUGAAGGGAGCGCCGCUGGUGAAGGGAGCGCCGCUGGUGAAGGGAGCGCCGCUGGUGAAGGGAGCGCCGCUGGUGAAGGGAGCGCCGCUGGUGAAGGGAGCGCCGCUGGUGAAGGGAGCGCCGCUGGUGAAGGGAGCGCCGCUGGUGCAGGGAGCGCCGCUGGUGCAGGGAGCGCCGCUGGUGAGGGGAGCGCCGCUGGUGAGGGAGCGCCGCUGGUGCGGGGAGCGCCGCUGGUGCGGGGAGCGCCGCUGGUGA